AUUUAUUUUUGUUUUAGUGUAAACAAGCAAAGAGAUUAUCCAUGGGAAGUAUACACACUGAAGGAGCUUCUUCAUGCAACAAACAACUUCCAUGACGAUAAUAAAAUUGGCGAGGGAGGGUUUGGAAGUGUUUACUGGGGUCGAACAAGUAAAGGCAUCGAGAUAGCAGUGAAACGGCUUAAGGCGAUGAGUGCCAAGGCGGAAAUGGAAUUUGCAGUGGAAGUGGAAAUACUUGGAAGGGUGAGACAUAAGAAUUUGUUGGGUUUGAGGGGAUUCUAUGCAGGAGGUGAUGAGAGGCUCAUAGUCUAUGACUAUAUGCCUAAUCACAGCUUGAUCACUCAUCUGCAUGGCCAACUAGCUGCUGAUUGUUUGUUAGAUUGGCCACGACGAAUGAGCGUAGUCAUUGGAUCAGCAGAAGGAAUAGCAUACUUACACCAUGAGGCACAUCCACAUAUAAUACACCGAGACAUAAAGGCUAGCAAUGUCCUUUUAGAUUCAGAAUUCCAUGCCAAAGUGGCUGAUUUUGGAUUUGCCAAGCUUAUACCAGAUGGAGUGACUCACUUGACCACAAGAGUGAAGGGAACACUUGGGUAUUUAGCACCUGAGUAUGCCAUGUGGGGUAAGGUCUCAGAGAGCUGUGAUGUGUAUAGCUUUGGUAUAUUACUACUAGAAAUAAUCAGUGCUAGAAAACCCAUAGAGAAACUCCCAGGAGGGGUUAAAAGAGACCUUGUACAAUGGGCUAAACCUUAUGUCCAAAAGGGUGUCUUCAAUCAUAUUGCUGACCCUAGAUUAAAGGGUAAGUAUGAUCAUGAACAGUUGAGGACAGCCAUUAUGAUUGCAAUGAAGUGUACCGAUGGCAAUCCCGAGAACCGGCCGAGCAUGUCGGAAGUGGUGGAGUGGCUAAGGAGUGGUUGUGGUGGUGGAGGAGGAGGGCGGAGGAAGAAAGAGGUACCACGGGUUAAAGGCACGGUGGAUGAAGAUGAACAUGAAGAUGGAGAUGACCAUGAUACAGAUUAUGAAUGGUUUGGGAAAGAAAAUUCUGUGCCAAGAAUGCCAAUUGUGAGUUCAAGGAGAUAA